UCGCCUACCGCGCAUGCGUAUUAUAUCAUGGUGGCUCUGGCUGUUCCAGCUGGAUAAGUUGUGAGGUUAUAAACAUAGUUAAGUUUAAAUGAAACAAAUGGGUCAUUAAGUCCGGAUUUUGUCCACUCUUUGAACUCUACACGGAGAGUUCAUACGACAGAAACUGAGGGGAAAUCAUGACAGCGAACGAGGAUCAGGAGAUGGAGCUGGAGGCUCUUCGCUCCAUCUACGAGGGAGAUGAGUGUUUCAAGGAAAUCAGUCCAGUUUCCUUUCAGUUCAGGAUAGGAGAGCUCGAGGACACCAAAGCCUUUCUCCUGGACGUCAGCUGGCCGGAGACGUACCCCGAGACAUCCCCACAAAUCACCCUAGAUGCCUUCUUCAACAACAGAAUCUCUGCAGAGACGAAGCAGCUCAUCCUGUCUCAGCUGGAGGAGCAGGUGGAGGCUAACCUGGGCACUGCCAUGAUGUACACUCUGUUUGACUGGGCCAAAGAGAACCAGGAGAGCCUGAUGGAGAACCACAAACCUGUGGUCACUGCUGUGACGUCGCUAUCGAGCGGUGACACAACGAACGCCGCCUCCACGACCAAGAAGAAGGAGAGGAAGGAGCAGCUGACGAAAGCUCAGAAGAGGAGGAUCGUCAGCAAAACAGAUAACAAAGGAGAACUGCCAAGAGGAUGGAACUGGGUGGACGUGAUAAAACAUGUGAGUAACAACCAGCGGAAUGAACUUAAAAUCCUGACCACAGCUCUGUAGUUUCCCAUCAUUUAUUAUUCUUCUUCUUCUCAGCUGAGUAAAACGGGAGGAAAGGACGACGAGUAGCUGGGCUCGCUGUGAUCUGCUGCUACAUGAUGAACUGAACUCUGUGCAGCCUGUCGACGCUGCAGAUCCCGCCUCCAUGCUGUCACAUCCUUCAACAUAAACACUCAACAUGUCCGCCCGCCCUCCACCCUGAGGAGAGGAGCAGACCCUCGGCUGAGGAUCCUCGGAGGACCUCU